CGCGGGGCCGGAUGCUGUAACGGCGGUUGGAGCGGCCGGGACGCCGGGCGGCGACCAUGACCCAGCAGGGCGCGGCGCUGCAGAACUACAACAACGAGCUGGUCAAGUGCAUCGAGGAGCUGUGUCAGAAGCGGGAAGAGUUGUGCCGGCAGAUCCAGCAGGAAGAGGAGGAGAAGCAGCGGCUGCAGAAUGAGGUGAGGCAGCUGACGGAGAAGCUGGCCCGAGUCAACGAGAACCUGGCUCGUAAGAUAGCCUCUCGGAAUGAGUUCGAUCGGACCAUCGCGGAGACGGAGGCUGCCUACCUCAAGAUCCUGGAGAGCUCGCAGACUCUGCUUAGUGUCCUGAAGAGGGAAGCGGGGAACCUGACCAAGGCCGCAGCCCCCGAGCAGAGGAGCAGCGGAGGCAAGGACAGCUGAGGAGGCCACCAGCAGAGAGCCUGCCUCCCCUGCGCCUGCGCCCCUCUAUGGCUCUGCCCCCGGCAGGUCUGUCUGUCUUCAAAGCAUCUCUGUCCUUCACGGCAGCAGCUUUUUCUUCUCGUUGUCUUGGGUGCCAAGAGAGGCAACUGCCAACCUUCACUGUCUCUGGGUGACAGGAAAGACGUGAGCGUAGCCCACCAGGUGGGGAUCCUGGCUCUGAGCUCACACAGGCGCUGGGGAGGGCAGCUCUACUCAGGGUCCCACUGAGGCCUCCACACCAGCCUGGGGCUGUGGGGAAGACCCGCUUCUGGUUUCAGCACCUUGGGAGUCCUGUCACCCCUCCCUCGGCCCGCAGGUGCCCAGGCAGGUGCGGGAGAGGCUGGGGCCCUCCUUCACCUCAGAGCUUGCCUGGGGCCUGUGACUGUCAGUAAAGAUUGUCUUUGUAA